AUGGAUCUUCUUGCCCAGAAUAUCGUCCAUAAUCUGCAAGCGGAAAUUGAGGAUCUAACAGCUCGGCUCCGCAAAGUCGAAGCUGAGAAUCAACAACUACGAUACCAACAGGGCACAUGUUUCCCUCUCAUGGAACUGCCACCUGAAAUACGGAUACUUGUUUGGAAGAAUGCACUACCCAAUCGACGUGUUCUUCGCAUAAGUGAAUUACCUGCAAGUGGAUAUGAACCACGUGAAAAAAUGUUCUGCUCUGCCCGCCCGCCGGUACUUCUCCACAUAUGCAGAGAAUCUCGCGAAGUUGCUCUCGCCCAUUUUAGGCCUUUCUUCAGCGAGAAAUGUGGAAGCGAAAUGCCUAGACCCAUAUACUUCCGCCCCAAGCUCGACAUUUUAUACAUCGAUGUCAUGUUCCUAGACGAAAUCACUUCGGAAUACCCUGAAGUAAAUGAAAUCGAGUCGAUAGCCAUCCCAAUCCGGUCUCCCAGAAACCUAGACCUGUCAGGCAAGAUGACAGGCAUGAAGAGCCUUUUUUUUGUUACAGCCUUGGAAGAGCCAUGGCCAUGGAAUCGGUGCUGUUCUACUGUCGAAUUAUCACCCAAUCCUGAUCGCAAGGAAAGGGAGUUGGAAUGGACCGAUUACAUUUCCAUGAUCAGGUGCUAUGAGCGCAACUUUCCCAACCGUCCCAAAGUUCCCAACAUAGAACACGUAGAAGCCGUUGUCGGGAAGCUCUCCGAAAUGAAUCUCCGUGGGACACCUUCAGCAGAUGAGUGCGAAUUAGCAGGAUCGGUGGCCGUGGUGGAACACAUUGUCCGCCCCUCUACCGUUCUCGCCGUCAGGGAGUUUCCAAAAGAAGCGAUCGACGAGACAUUGGACAGAUUCAAACGUAUCCGACACGACAACAUCAUUCUCGCCCUGGAAUGCUUUGGAGGGCGGUUGAGAGCUUUCACAGUACCAAGCAAGUGCUGCAGAACAACUGUUACUGCUACUGUUCUUAACAAUACUCAACAGUGCCUCCGAAUCUGCGCGGAUGCUCUUGAGCACAUAGACAAACUUCAACUCAAAAUUUUGACUGAGACCCCCAUGACUUCCAUCCCACUCUUGGAGAUUGAUGUGAUUGGCAAUUUCAAUUCUGGCUCAUCUAAAUAUGUCACCAACUGCAUUCUGCAGAAGUACAGGCAGAAACUCUUGACUGUGUCUUCAGAUCUCGAGAAACACACUGAAAGACUAAAGGUCAGACUGGAAGCAAUGUCGCAGGCAGUCAAGACAGAGAAAACAGCUGAGUGGGAGCAAUUCCAGGAAGAAAGAAAUAGCCUCAAACAGUGUCUGGCCAUUUAUGCUGAGGCAUCUGAGCAAACAAAGCAGGUGCGCUUCAAUGAAUUUGAGGAUGUUCUCUCAGCUGAUGAUGCUCAUCAAGUCAUUGUCUCAACACUGAGAGAGCUCAUCUUGGUGAAAUGUAUCACAACCAGAUCUAGGUCAGCACAGUGGCUGAGGCAAAUGUCAGACGAAACUCUCCAGCAGCUUUCCCGAGAUUGCAGUUGUGUGUCUGAAGGCCCUGUGAGAGCUGAGAUGGGACCAGACAAUAAGUUUGACCAGUAUGAGCGGGGCCAUCAGCUGUGA